GACGACUGAGACGACUGAGACGACCGUGGUGACUGAGACGACGACCGAGGAGACGACUGUGGAGGAAAUCGAGACGACGGAAUUGAGUGGUGAAAUCGCCAGAGAUAUCACUGAGGAGGCUGCCGCCGCAUUGGCUACUGACACGGCUGCGAUGAGUAAUCUGUACACCCGCUACGCACACGAGAGCAUGACGUUCAGUGCCGAUAUCGACGCAGAUGUGCAGGAGAUCCACCGCGUGUGCUCCGGUGCAGCAGCCGAUGAAUCUGCUCUUGCGUCGCUGCUGCUGUCAAAGACUACGGAGCAACGUUAUCUGAUCUGGUGGCGCUAUCGUUUGCUGUACAAGCAGAGCUUGACAGAGUUGGUGAAGAGCAAAAGUGACUACGGUACUCUGUUGGAGAUGCUUGCAAGUCCUCUAGAACUCGUAGAAGCUGAGAUUCUACACACCGCAACAAGAGGUCUGGGUGUGAAGAAGGAGUGGAUCUACCCUGUUGUGAUGACUCGCUCGAAUUCCGACAUUGCGCUGCUGAAGAAAACUUUUAAGGAGAAAUACGACGUCGACCUAGUGGAGUUCCUGAGCAGCAAUCUGAGCGGCAGUUUGAGGAAGGUGGUUCUGACUGCAAUGCGCGGCGAGGUGAUUGACUUCAACUCGUCUAUUCAUACGAGUGAACAGGCGACUAUGGACGCGGACAGCCUGUACAAGGCUGGUGAAGGAAGGUGGGGCACGGACAAGAAAACGUUCAUCGACAUGUUGGUGUCGAGUCCUUUAGUGCACGUGCGCAACAUCAACAAAGCAUACAUGGAAAAGUACAAGGUUGAUCUCAUUCAUGUGAUCAAUGCCAAGUUUCAUGGCGAUACCAAACGCGCGCUGCUGUUCCGUGUGCGCUCCAUACUGGAGCCGAUGGGUCUACUUGCGGAGUUGUUCGAGACGACUCUUAAUAGCGCUGGAAAGAGCAUUUCAUGUUGCCAGCCUCCCGGUCGUAUAUUUUACGGUCUGAGUGCGUGGGUUUUACGGUACUUCCCUCUCCUUGAGCGUAUAGUCGAUGGAUACAGUCGUCGGUACCAUCAGGAUCUACGCACGCGUAUUCAAAGCGUGGUGAAAGGCGAGUAUUGCCAACUGCUUCUCUGUGUGUUUGACGCUGUGAAUAAAACUGCAGUGUGUCCAAGCUGUGCUGUAGCGUCUGAUCCGAAAGACGAAUGGUGUCGUUGUUGUGGCGAGGCAAUGCAAACAACCAAGGUAGCUGACCGCAACCCUUUUACGAGGUAUCUGAAAACCCAUUUAAGGGUCGAAGCUUGGCGCAAAGCUCACGAAGUUGCGAUUGCUCUCCAAUAUCUUCACGACCAAGGUGUCGUCCACGCCAACUUGAAACCAAUAAACCUGAUUAUUGGACGUGAUGGGAAAGGACACUUGUCGGAACUCGAAUCCUGCAAUCGGGUGGAGGAACUAGCCAGCUGCACUACCAAGUCGAAGAGAGAAGAGCUGCGAUGGCAGGCUCCCGAGUGUUUGAAUGGUGGGCUUUCGUCUUUAGCGUCCGAUAUUUACUCUCUCGCAAUGUGCAUCAUUUACGUUGUCACUGGGAGACCUCCAUGGGGCUCGAAUGUAUCUGACAACGAGAUUAAACACGAGGUGUGCAACCAGCGUGCAAUGCCUCCUCGACCCAAAGAGCUUUCCGAUAACGAGUGGAGUCUCGUGAAUCGCAUGUGUGAAUACGAACCAAGCAAGAGAAUUACUGCUGACGAAGUGAUCCAAGAACUCUCACAAUUGGUUUCAGCCAAGUGCAUCGAUGUUCCAGAGUGGUAUGUACCAAGACAGUUGAUUGAUUAUUCAAGUGACAUUUUCUCGGAGUCAAAUUUGGUGUCUCGACACGUGGGUCGCUGGAAAGAUGCAGUCGUUGCUGUUGAAACGAUGAAGAAAAGUCCCGAGUGUAACUUUCGAAGUGUGGCAGAGUUGUGGUUCUCUCUAAAGCAUCCGACGAUCCUCCAAUUGUUUCGAGCGUGCGAUGAUGAAGACGACCAGACCUUUGUGUGUGAAUAUGCAGAACAAGGAGAUUUUAGCAGAUAUCUCAGUGAAAUUGGUGAAAUCAGUGGAAAUGGAGUGCAGAAAAAGCAGGUUUGGACGAUCCUGCUGGACGUCGCGCUCGCUCUUCAUUAUUUACACAGCAUUGGAGUUGUUCAUGGUGAUGUAACCUACCAGAAUAUUCUUGUUGACUGGGAUAAUCAUGGGAAAUUAUCUGGAUUCAUGUCAAGUUUCAAGCCUGAACAACAAAAAUUGACAUGCGUUAAUGGACAUGAUAUCACGUUCGAUUCCGACGUGUAUUGGCUAGGCCAGUGUAUUGUUAGUGCAUUGUGUGGACACUCCAUUGCGGACAACCGCGUCGACGCUGCAGAGAGAUGUGACGUGUGCAUUACGGAUUCUCUGGGACAUCAACCAGAAAUAUUUACUGACCCUGAAUGGCAAUUGAUCAAGGAAAUGUGUGCUGUCGAUCCAUCACAUCGUAUCGGGAUGGCUGAUGCUGUCAGGCGUAUGGCUCGCCUUAUCGCUGUGGAUGCUGCGAUCAAUAAAAUAGCAUCAGCCCCACCACCUCCAAAUCAGACUCAACGAAGUCGUGGACAGGCCAAUCUGCUUGCAGUCAUGUCUGAUUACACGACCAGGAACAUCUCUAGCUUCGACUCUGACUAUGAUGACGACGAUGAAUCAAAAAGCGGCAUCAUCACGUUCAAAUGUGAGAAGCUGAGGUCAGUGGAAUCGCCUCACGAAUCCGCUGAUGAAGCUGCGGAACGAUAUACCAAUGAUCUCAAGACGUUGCUAAGUGCCGAGGUACCUGGGAAAAGCUCGAGUUCUCAUGACCGUCUCAACGCCUCACAGUCUCAAAAACGCUAUCGUAGGCAACCAAAGCUAGUGUCAUCCAGAUGGAUUCUAUCCACUGACAACAUCGCAGAGGGCACUGGACAAGGUCCUGAUCUUGGCUUCGGGUCGUUUGCUGCUGUUUGUUGCGGGACGUGGCUCGGAGCACCGGUGGCACUGAAAAAGCUCAACAACUUUGAUCUUGGAUCAGUCCAGGCACUUCGUCAAGAGGCCAACAUUUGGUCCACUUUGAGACACCCACACAUUGUCAGCUUGUUUGGCGCAUGCACGAAAGGCGUCCCGCUUUUCGUCUGUGAAUAUAUUGGUGGAACAAGGCUUGACGAGUCUGGUGAAAAAGGCAAGGUUUUUAACCAUGGAAAAAGGCUUGACCAAUGUCAAGAAGACAAGAAGGAAAAGGUAUGGGGAUAUCUGCAUGACGCGGCGAUCGGGCUACAAGGUCUUCACAUGCAUGGAGUCGUGCAUGCUGAUCUCAAGUGUGACAAUAUUUUGAUUGGUGGUGAUGAUCGGGCCAAGCUGAUUGACUUUGGAUUAAGUUGCCUACAAACGUGUGAUGGAGGGGAACCACGUGGUGCCAAACGGUGGAAAGCUCCAGAAUGUCUUAUUAAGCGCGUAGGACCGACGUUCGAAUCGGAUAUCUAUGGCUUCGGAAUGUGCAUCAUUGAGGCGCUUACUGGGAAAGUCCCAUGGGCACAAAUAAGUGAUGACACUUCUGUCACUAACAAGGUAAAGAAGGGGAUGCUCCCCAAACAACCAGAUACUACUACCUUCACUCAAGUGCAGUGGGAGGCUGUAAAGAGAAUGUGCUGCCAAGCCCCGCAAGCUCGACUGAGAAUUGACGACGUGGUUCGUGUGCUUGGCUUCUUUGCUGGACGCCCACCGUAUAUCAACGACACCACGCUACAAGAAGAAGUUAACUCGUGGACUAGUACCUCAACGUAGCGUGAUUGUUCGUAACAAAGAACGCAAGUCUGCCUAUUUUUCGGUAGUAUUUUACAUGCUAAGAAGAAGUAUAUUCCUUGAAAUAAAAGUGUUGUUUCAAC